AUGAAAGUCCAUACAGCAACAUUCUUGGCCUCUUCAAUUUCUGGCCUUUCUUUAAUUGCUAGUCUUGUAUUUAUUGCAAAUAUUUGUUCAGAUGUUGCCCAAUUGUGGCUAGAUCUUGACCAAGAAAUUGGGGUUUUCAGAGCCGAGACUGAUGAUCUAUGGAGAGAUAUGGUGAAUAUUGGGCGUUCACGUCAACGUCGUGAUACUGGCUACGAAGAAAAGCCAGCGAAGAAAGGAUAUGAUGAGGGAGUUAAUGCCCCAGCAGCACCAACAGGAGUACAACCACCAAGUGUUCCGCCUAGCAUUCAAUCUAGUUCACCUGGAUCAGGAGGAUGCAAUUGUUUAACUGGCGCUGCAAAUAAAUGCCCAGCAGGACCCCCCGGACCUAAAGGAGUAUCUGGGCCACCAGGAAAGGACGGUUUAGAUGGUCAACCUGGCGUUAACGGUAAAGAUGCGUUGGAUGUGACACCCGAUGUGCCAAAACCGGGAUGUUUCAAUUGCCCUGCUGGACCUCAAGGCCAACCUGGCCCAGUCGGACGUACUGGACCUAAAGGUCAUCCAGGAGCGAAAGGACAGCCAGCACAUGCUGGACGUGAUGGAAACCCCGGACCACCUGGAGAGUCAGGCCCGCCCGGUCCAGUUGGACCACCUGGCUCUAUCGGAUUGCCCGGAGAGAAGGGACGUGAUGCUGAACAACCAAUUGGUCGCCAAGGUCCUCGUGGACCAAAAGGUAGAAAAUUUCUCCAAAUAAUUCGAUUUAUAUUAAAUUUUUCCAAAGGUCCACAAGGCCCCCGUGGCCCGGAAGGUGAUGCGGGAAUAAGUGCUCCGGCUGGAGAAGCUGGACCUCAAGGACCCCCUGGCGGUCCAGGACCUCAAGGUUCACCAGGAAAUCAAGGCACGGCUGGUGAGGAAGGAAAUCCUGGACGAACUGGACGUGACGCUGAAUAUUGUCCUUGUCCUCAACGUUCGGCUGAAGUUAAAGGUGGAAAGGGAUAUGGAAGGAAAGCUUAA